UCGCCGCUGACUAGAAUAAAGAUGGGCUUCUGAAACUGCCAUCGUAAAGACGCCCAGGAGCAACACCAGUGUGAGGUGUGCGCCGCUUUCUACCCAGUGGCUGUUAACAGCCACCGUGUCAACUCGGGUUGUAUGCAGUGAAAACAUUAUUAUGGCAGGUGCCCGGUAACCAGGUAAGGUCUCUACGUCAUUCUAUAUUGUCUACGUCAUAAUAAUCCCAUUGGAGAUAAGUGUGAUACUUUGAAUGUGUUAAUUUCCAGAUCUCUCUUGCAAACGUCCCUUUCUCGCGCGGGUCGGCUGGCAACAUCCACUUGUCGACGGCGCUACUCUUGCACCAGCGCGCAGCGCUCAUGUUUGGUCCGGAGUUAUGAGGCCGCCCGCGUUUUAUGCUUAUUCGAAAACCUCUACACAUUUCUUAUAUGGAGUUUUUGCUAUAAACUUCGAAUGUCGCAAUAUAAUGAAGCAGUUUUAUUGUCCAACAUUCAAUCUAGAAAAAAGUUAACAGCAAUAAUAUAAAAAGACUGCAAGCAAUCUCAUUUCGUUACCAAAAAAACGUACACCAACUUAAAACAGUUUUUUUUUAAAUAAAAUACCUAUUGAAUCUAGAAAUGCUUAUAUACUUUUGGGUGUUACUUACGGUAACAUGUAACGCAUAUGUCUACCAAAGGAAAAAAGCCAGCUUUCUGGGUGGCCGUGUGCGGAACCGAGAACCUUUCUCUCAUCUCGGGCGGCAAGGACAGAGCGGCGAUCGGCCGGUAAAUUUGGACAAUACUUAUUUUUGUCCAGUGCCGGCAAUGGAGCAAAAAGGAGCCGAUUUAUUACCUCCAGAAGACUCACUUUAUAAGCAUGAUGUAGCUCGGGUGAUACACGCCCUCUGGAACGAGACGCAUGUCUGGGCGCCAUUGAUAUGCACGGCGGCCUUGGUCAAGAAUUCAGUGUUCCUUACAGCUGCUAGGUGUAUCGCCACUGCUAAAGUACAGUAUACAACAGUGGUCUACCGUGGAGAGAGAUUACCCACAAAAGCAUUUAUUUUGCCAACCAGAGCAAGCAAGCAAAUGUUUGACGACACCGGGUUGAUUGUGACCUAUUAUCCGAAACAAUUUGAUUAUUUCCAUACGUUCGCCCGCACCUUCAAGCUGCGUCCCGAAGACAGCCCGUCCUUCGACUGGUUCGAUGACAACCUGCGCGGAGAUAGUGUCGCUGUAGUGGGAUACAUUACGUCGGAUAAAUCGCCAUCAACACAUGAUCUGUACAAGCUGUCGGAUAUGCACGCCAGCACCACGAUCUGCAACAAGUUAUACCCAGUGGAGAACAAUUCUACCGAUUACCGGGUUCCCUGCAUCCAUUCCUGUUCCCUGGAAGAACACCGCAGGAACGACGACUCGUGUUAUCGCUACAACUUCGGACUGGGGCACCUGGUUAUCUGGUAUAAGAAAUACUCGAGAAAACAUUUAAUAGGAAUAGUAACGUGGACUUGUGGAAAUCGUGUUGAAGACAUAGCGAACAGGGGAGGCCUUCCUCUACCCUUAGGAAUAGCCGCUAUUACUGAAAACCAUUUAUAUGAUGACAUGAAAUGCGGAGAAAGGAUUGCUAUGGAUGAUAAAGAGUACUCACCCGAAACAAUUCACAAGAAGUCAACUAAAUAUUAUAAGGAUCUUUGUAAAAUAGGAACUGAAACUCGGGCUCCUUAUCCAGAGUUUGUGGACGAAUAUUUGGAAGAAUAUCGGGAUGAGCAUUAGUGAAGGUUACUAGACUCAAGAGUAAAGAUUAAACUCAGGGUAGCCUGUUUUCAAGGUAAAAAAAUGCGCAUACAACAACAACACAACAACUUGUGGCCCAUAGUUAGAACCUUAAAAUCUAACUAUUAUUCAAUCUAAGUUAGAAGUAAGAUAUACAUGUUAUGACUGCGAUGCACGCGGAACCCGUCGGAACUCGGUACGCUUCAGCUUAAACUCCGCCUUGGUAAAGCUCGCUAGACGUGUAGUCGGAACUCGGUACGUUAUUUACUAAACAAUAAAAAUAAUGGAAUUUGCA